AUGCCGUGUGGGCGCGUUUGUCAUGUCUGCGCGUGCGUGGCGCUGUUGCUGGUGGCGGGCUGGGGAGGCUCUGGUGGAGCGGUAAAUCCCACCACACAGCCAGUGCUCCCCAACGCGGAGCGAGUUGCAGUAACGCUUGCCGACGAGAGCAUCUCCGCAGCAACAGCUUUUACUAACUUGAUGCAGCUCUCGGAGGCGGUUUUAGCGCCUGUCUGGAGUGCGGGUGGGUUUUCUUAUGUCCUGAAGAGCACCGGUGGCACUUCGGCACCGGUGUGUGCUCACACCCGCGCGUCUGGAGGCGGAAUAACUGCCCCAUUCACCUUCUCCAUGUUCGACACCCAGUUCAGUCCCGUGUACCUCGUGUCGCUGUCCGCGGUGGGGUCAACAGGCGAGGCUGCAUCGCUCACUGCUGAGGUGGCAGGCAGGCUCGACCUGCGGCGAGGGUGCUACACCACUCCCACGUCUCUGGGUACCUGUGCAGGAGUAUUGCAGUCGUCUCCCCCACAGUGCAUGCUGGGAGAACUGGACGCGUUGCACACAAAUUGGACUGCAGAUUCCCUCGCCGCCGCAACGAGUGCCAUGCGGGCCGACGAGUCACUAACACUUUCUUCCAGGGGCCUGAGUGCUGCAGAGGUGCUCACUGUAUUUAUGAGUGACUAUUUGCCACAGCGAGCGUGGUUGCGGACCGCCGUGCCACGUGUUGUGGACGCCCUUGCCCACGCUGAGCAGGCAGCGCGUGCCUACCGAACUAUUCCUCUGACCCUGUGGGAUGCAGCGGAGGCAGCGGAAAUGCAGCGAGCGGUGGCAGGGCAGUGGGGUGGCUACCUCUGGUCUACCUACGUGCCACAACUUCAGCGCAAGUGGGCGCUCCUGUACCGCCUUGCCGUCGCAACGCUGACGCCAUUGCAGAUGGCGCCAUCGCUCGAUGACACAGCAACAGGGUUCAUCACUGGUGUGCCUGGACCUGCACCGAAGACGUCGUGCUUAAUGGUGGACGCGUGGGUGCAGCUGCAGCACUCCGUGGCCAGCAGCAGCAGCAGCAGUGGACUUCGAACCUUUGCGCGCCUUGUCACGUAUAUGGAGGAUGCGCUGGACCGCUUGGGAGAAGUUUUAUCCAACGGCGGCGGUGCGGACGCCCUCAGUGAGGAACAGGCGGAUACGCUUGUUUCGCAGCUCCUGCAGCGCACGUACUGCGUGACAACAACAUACUUGUUUUCCGUCACGGCCCUCUUCGAUGCACCUUUCCUGCAUGCGUCCUCUUCGGUGUGGGUGGAGCCCGCGACGCACAUGCACGCGUGGGCGAUGCGGACGAUGCAAGAGGCCUCGGUGGCAGACGCCUUGGCCAAUGCUACAGUGUUCCAGGAAGCCACUGCAGCACGCGUCGCGCGUGUGUCUGCUUCACUGCCAAGAAACGAGAAAGCGCUUCUGGCGUGUCUGGCCAUGUUUCUCGACGCGACGAGACCUCUGACUUCUGCGGCGACAACCUCUCCGUCCGACUGUGUCCAGGCUCUGCUGAAGGCGCGCGCUGAUGCGUCAGGCGUCCCCUCUAGUGCUGCUCUAGGUGUUCUCUGGGACGUGAGCGAGAUGAGGACCGUGAAACCCACCUCGGCCGCUGUACCCGGUAUCACCCGGUAUGAGUCGUCGGUGCCUCUGGCGACGGCAUUCCCUGCUGCCAAAGCUUCGCUCCAACACGAAUUCAUCCACUGGACGAUGUUUCAACAGGCAUCGACCAGCUUUACAGGCCAGAGGUCACUUUACACGCCGAGCAUCGUGGCCUCCGCACCCAUGAAUCCAUGUGCUGCUGGCCAUGCCGCUGACGCCGCUCUGCACACGGGGUUGAACCGCGCAGCGUCGAGCGAGGACCGCCACCGUGUCCUCGUCGGAGCACAGGUCGCUGAGACGUGCCCUGCUGGCACCUACGCAAAGCCCGACACGGCAACCUGUGAGGUUUGCCCGUCCCUCUGCUCCGCAUCGCCGACGGUACCGACCCCAGUCUAUUGCCCUGGUGAUGGCCUCAUGCACGGCUGCCCUGUGCUUCCUGCCGGCGCCCUGUCGACUGGCAGCCCCAGCGCAGGACUCGACAACGCCAAGGCUGCUUGCCGGUACGCAUGCAUCGACGUCUACCAGGCACCACUGCACAAGGGUUGCGUAUCAAUGCCCGGCCUGUUCUACAACACCACCGCAACCCUCAGCGACGGGCACAGCGGCGGCUGGUACGACGCAUGUGUGGGGCCCGCAUCGCUGCUGCCCCGCGGCUUUCCUGCCCAGUCGUACGACGCGCGCGUGUUCGUGUUUGUAGGCAGUGGCGCGACGGACGAGCCGAUGUCGUGCCGCUUUGUGCUGAUGCAUCGCGUCGUGUCCUCUGCUGUGUCAGCGGAGACGUUGUGGGCGGUGGGACUACUGCCGCCACCACUUUCCGUCUCCGCUACCUCCGCAACUGCCACGUCGUCUGCAGGUCUGUUGCCGCAUCGCGGCGGUGUUGCCUGGGAGGCGGCGAUGCAGCUUAACGCCACGCUGCUGUGGGAGAUGCACAGGUCGCUACUUCGCUCUCAGCAGCAGGCGUCGGGCACCGGUACUGGCGCUGUCACCACCUCUAUUGGCCAUGUGCUGGUUGCUCUACGAGAGGGCGGUGAGGGAGUCGCAUCCCAGUCGAGGUGGUCCUGGUCCCUCGUCUCCAGCUAUCAGCACCCCGCGGGCGUUGAGGCAGCCACCAUCACCUCCGCCACUGACACAGCACUGCCACCCUCUGUCUCCUUCACGCUGCGGCUGCUGCUUAAUGCCUCUAUUUUGGCAAUUCCACAGAGCACCGACGCCACCACCACCUGGCGUGGCUGUACCGAGGUGUUCUCCAUGACCCCCGCCCCGUCGUCGCUCACGGUGCUCAGUUCCCCGUGGACGUGGAGUGUCAAAUCUGUGGGGGUUGACUACCUAGCCAAGGCCACCUACCGUGUUGUGCUGAGCCGCUCGACAAGCACGGUAGCCUUCUUCGCAGACGCGGCGGCAGUGGGCAGCCCGGUGACAGUGGACUGGCCGCUCUGGAAGCAGUCACAGAUGACGUCUCCGCCCUCGGCAAAGACAACGAUGUACCUCUCUGUGGCAGGGUGGGUGGCGAGGUACGUGGAGCGCGAGCAAUGGAUGGUCAUGAGUCCUUCUUUUUCCUCCAGCAGUAGUCCGCAGCCCUCUACGCUACCACUGCACUACGACUACGUGCCAGGGAUGAUGACACGACUCUCAAGCACAGCGUUUCCUGUCAGCCCGCUCCACGAGGCGCUGAGCAGAGCUGAGGCUACUUGGCACUCGCAGGCGCAAACCACCGCCCAACAGCAAAGCAGAGACGUGGCGGCCCUUACAGAUGUCCACUUGCUCAGCCUGUACGUGGCUUCUUUUCCUGCCGUCACCGCCAGCGUGAGUGCAGUGCUCAACGGCUUGUCGGUGCGUCAAUCCAGAGGGCUGGAUGGCGUUUGCCGCUCCUCCUACGGAAGCACCCCGACGGUGAGCGGCACGUCUGUUACACCUGCGUGUGCCAUGUGUACGAGUGGCUCCUACACGGUGCUGAACGCCACACCGGAUCGCAGCAAGUGCGCAUGCCUGCCGCAGCGCACCUCAGUUUACAUGACGCCUUCGGCUGGCCAGCAGGUGCGUGCGUGUCUACGCCGUCCAGACGGCCCCGCCGCGCCGAGCUCGUACAUGCGGCCGCCAGGUCUUCUUUUCAUCGACUCGGAUGUGGCGGUCGGCGACGGCGUCUUUCUCGGCUGGUACGGCAGUGGCACUGGCGCGACCGGCACGGGGCUGCCUGCGGCGACGUCGCUGGAGGGAUCGGUGAUCUGCACGUACGGUCUCACCGUUCCGCGUCUGGCGACCACAGCACCUUCCACGUCGCUCAACCUCUCUGUGACCCUGCAGUACACUACGGGCCUAGGCGCUGAGGAGUGCUACGUGAUGGCGGCUGCCCGUGGCGAUUCCCCAGCCUACACUACUCAGCCCUCCUACAGCGCCAUCUCUAGCUACGGUCUCCGGCUACGUGCACCGCGCUUGCCUGCCCGUGCCAUCGCGCUGGUCAACAACUCAAGGCUCUUCACGGAUCAGACAGUGCUCACGGUCAGCGUGCGAGACUAUGCCCUUCUUCCUCGCCACGCUGUUGAUUCACUCAUGCACAUGCGCGGGAUCACCGAGUACCACGUCGCUUUCCUGAUAUACAUUCUCCGCUGCGCAACGGUCUCUGCCGUGCUACGGUGUGGCUCGACCCUGCGCGUCGCCCGCAAUUUUACCUGGGCAGGUUCCUCAUCGCUCGACUCACUUGUGCUGCGCGUCAACCUCACUGGAAUGAUCACGGAGGCGUGCCAGGUGUCUUUCACUGUGCUCAGCGCUACUGCAGCCGCCAGUGAGGCCUCCGCUCCGCACACGUCGUGGCCCUACACCUACUUGGCCACAGAGGCGAACGCCUCACUCUUCUUCGAGGCAUCGCCAACGGUGCACUACACGCUGCACCCGUCCGUGGAGACCUUUGCGGCGACAAAGUUGCGCUAUGACCCGCUGGCCGAGGACAGCAGCCUUGUCAUCUCCUCCAUCAUGUUGGUGCUGUCUCUCUCUCUCGUCAGCAUAAUAUUGAUCAGCGUGGGGCCUCCUUCCCUCCACCCACUCUCCUGGCGCGCCUACGAGCGUGCGCGAGCUAGGCGGCAUUGCCAGCACCGACAGCUGCACAACGCUUCACUUUUAGAGAGGGGUGCUGAUUGA